UAUGAUGGCAUGGCAUUUAGCGCUGUGAGUUAGUCCGGCCCAAGCAUAGACUGUAGAUGAAAAGAUCCCAAGACGUGCUAACCGAGCUAGCUGUAGGGCCUACGUCUUUGCUAUGGUGUUCGCCUGGUCACGAGCUGGUAAUGUAACGUUAACGUCAGUCUGGAAAGCGGCAGUCGUCAUUUUAUUCUCCGAGGGUCGAGACGCACACUGCAGCUUUCAAAGUGACGUGGACACUCCACAAUGGUGAAAAUAUUCAUCGGGAACCUGUCACCAGACACUACGUCAGAUGAACUUCGCUCUCUCUUCUCCCAAUAUGGAAAGAUUGCAGAAUGCACCAUUGUCAAGAACUUUGGCUUUGUGCAUAUGGAUGACAAAGCGGAAGCAGAAGAAGCCAUCCGCAAUCUCCAUCAUUAUGAGCUAAACGGCCAGCCCAUGAAUGUUGAAUUGAGCCGUGGCAAGUCAAAAGGAUCCACUAAACUGCAUGUUGGCAACAUUGCCUGUACCAACCAGGAGCUGAGGGCCAGGUUUGAGGAGUUUGGCGCUGUGUUGGAGUGUGACAUAGUAAAAAACUAUGCUUUUGUUCACAUGGAGCGAAUGGAGGAUGCCAUGGAGGCCAUUAAUCAGUUAGACAACACAGCUUUUAAAGGCAAACUGAUGAGCGUGAAGCUUUCGACUAGCCGCCUGCGUACUGCGCCGGGAAUGGGAGACAGAUCGGGUUGUUAUCGUUGCGGGCAGGAAGGCCACUGGUCCAAAGAAUGUCCUCUAGACCAAAAUGGCUACCACAGAAACGGCUCAGAGCCAAAGUCUGAUGGAUACGAUCCCUCGAGAUUUGGCGGGCGUGGUCACAACAGGGGUUAUCAUCUGGACUUCAGUGGCGAUCCAGAUUAUGGCGAUGGCUAUGCUCCUGUACAUGGCUUUUCCCGGGGUUCUGGUCACAGCAGCAGCAUGGCAGGGUACAGACGGGGUGCAGGCUACGAGAGUGCAAUGAGAUACGGGCCGCACCCAGGUUACGGCAUAAGCGCUGUUGCUGAACAUAGCAUGGCUCGGAUGUACGGCAGCGAGGCGGCAUACAGGGGCAACGGCUCACUCUAUGGCGCGGUACCACCCUACCCGAUGCGACGGUCGCCUUACGAGGAAAGAGAUCCGUACGGGGUCGUGGACUACUAUGAGAAGUACAGGGCCAAUUCUUACGGAGGCAGUUAUUUCGAGGAACGUCGCGCUGUCCCCUUGCCUGCUCCAUCAACCUCCUCCUCCACAGCUUUAAUGAGGGAACGUCUGCCCCCCUCUAGCCUCGACCCAUACGAGUGCCCUCCCCUUCCUCCUCCACCAGCCCCAGUCUCCUCAUACUACGCACGUGACCGGAGUCCGAUUCGGAGAGUCCCUGCCGAGGCAGAAGGAUAUACAUAUGAGCGUUCGCGCCUUUCCCCGGUGCCCGCCCACCCAAGAAGUUCUACCUAUGACCAUCCGCGGGAUUCCGGCGCUGAACGGGCACGAUAUACAUACUAAUCCUUGUCCAUACAGCAAGGUGAGAGCUGUCUGACAUUUACUGGAUAGCGUAGCCGAAGUGCCAUUGAAAUCACUGAUGAUCUCAUUGGUUAUUUUAAAAGCAAAAGUGAAGCCUCUGUAUGUGAGGCGUGUGGGUAGUAAGAAUAAGAUAAUUGGCGCAGUUCUGAAACGGCUUAGCCCACGUGUGCAAGUGCAGGAACUGGGUUUAUCUACAACCUGGUGGACGUCUAUUCAUUAUACUGUAACAACUCUUUUCCCCCUCUCAAAGUAGCUAUAUGGUCAUACAAUUUAGACUUAAUUAUUAGGAACAAAUUAAAUUAGUGCAUGGUGCAUGUUUUAAAGGUGAGUCAUAGGGUUAUGUUGAUAAACGUUUGUGUUACUGUGUGCAUUUUAGUGUAUUUGUGUAAGUUCAUGUUGUUACUGCAUAUGUGAAGCAAUGGCAACACAAAUAUGGAUUUGUAUGCUUCAUCACCUACAUUGUUUAACCUGUUGACUUUAAUGUCACACCUGUACCAAAUAUGGAUCUGCACACUGUUUAUAUAUAUAUAUAUAUAAAAAACAAAAAACAAAAACACUUCUGUAUUUGGGUUAUAUCAAACCUUUUUAUGAAUUUAAGUUGAACUUUUUGUCAAGGUGCAUCGUAAUCAUGUUGUUUAUUUGUCAGUAGGGACAUUACUUAUACUAACUAGCCUAGAUUGUCAUUGCUGUGAUAAAUAUGAGGCAUCACAUCUUGAACAUACGUUGUAGUUUUAUAAUUAAAAUGACCUCAAUGGCCUAUGCUGUGUAACUAUUGGGUUAAAAUUAAAACCUGUUUGUCUGAA